CUCCUCCCAUUAUAUUUUUCCCUUAUUGCAGAACUACUGCAUGUAUACAGUGACUGAAAGGACUCAAUUCACUGCAACUGCUGCCUGGCUUUACUUACAACUUUCUUUAAAGGGGGACUUACCUUCUAUCACUCUUGCUAAGAUGACGAUUCUCCAGUGAUACCACCUUACCUAAAGCUGGGCAGAAUGAAACCCAAUCUUGGGUAAGAGACCUGUUUGAUUGGAGGUGCUACUGUGAGAAACAUAAUUUGAUGGCUUCUUCCUUGCUGUUUCCUUUCAUCCGUUCCUUAAAGCAUUCCUGAUGAAGUUGAGUUGAAGGGUCUUUAUGGCAGAAUGAUGAAUUCCAUCUUUUCCAAAAUGGUAUGAAGAUGAAUAAUGCAGACCACUGGUUUCGAUGAUGCUGGGCUUUUAUAACUGGAUUCAUUAAGGAAUACAAAGAGAAUUCUUACAGGGAUCAAUAAUGGUGUCUUCUGGCUGCAGAAUGCAAAGUUUUUGGUUUCUGCUCAUUAUCAGCUUCCUGCAGUGUACUGAAGGUUUCAGCCGAGCAGCACUACCCUUUGGUUUGGUGAGGAGGGAGCUCUCCUGCGAAGGCUACUCCAUCGACCUGCGGUGUCCGGGCAGCGAUGUCAUCAUGAUAGAAAGCGCCAACUACGGACGGACAGACGACAAGAUCUGUGAUGCUGACCCUUUCCAGAUGGAGAACACGGAAUGCUUCCUUCCAGACGCCUACAAAAUUAUGACACAAAGGUGCAACAACCGAACACAGUGUAUAGUAGUUACUGGGUCAGAUGUGUUUCCUGAUCCUUGUCCUGGAACAUACAAAUAUCUAGAAGUUCAGUAUGAAUGCGUUCCUUACAUUUUUGUUUGCCCGGGGACGUUGAAAGCAAUUGUGGACUCACCGUAUUUAUAUGAAGCUGAACAAAAAGCAGGUGCUUGGUGCAAAGAUCCUCUCCAGGCUGCAGAUAAAAUAUACUUCAUGCCAUGGACUCCGUAUCGCACGGAUACUUUGAUUGAAUAUGCUUCUUUAGAGGACUUCCAGAACGGACGCCAGCAGACGACGUACAAACUCCCAAACCGAGUGGAUGGUACUGGAUUUGUAGUGUAUGACGGAGCUGUCUUUUUCAACAAGGAAAGAACUCGGAACAUAGUAAAAUUUGACUUGAGGACUAGAAUUAAGAGUGGAGAGGCCAUAAUCAAUUAUGCUAAUUACCAUGACACCUCUCCCUACCGAUGGGGAGGAAAGACUGAUAUUGACUUGGCAGUUGAUGAAAACGGCUUGUGGGUAAUUUAUGCUACGGAACAAAACAACGGGAUGAUAGUGAUCAGCCAGCUGAACCCCUACACUCUGCGCUUCGAAGCCACCUGGGAAACGACCUACGACAAGCGGGCAGCAUCCAAUGCUUUCAUGAUAUGUGGCGUCCUGUACGUGGUGCGGUCGGUGUACCAGGACAACGAGAGUGAGACCGGCAGGAACGCCAUCGAUUACAUCUACAACACCAGGCUAAGCAGAGGCGAGCACGUGGACAUUCCUUUUCCCAACCAGUACCAGUACAUCGCCGCAGUGGAUUACAACCCCAGAGACAACCAGCUGUAUGUGUGGAAUAACAACUUCAUUCUGCGAUACUCCUUGGAGUUUGGCCCGCCUGAUCCUGCCCAAGUGCCUACUACAGCAGUGACAAUAACUUCUUCAGCAGAGCUUUACAAAACCACAGUGUCAACCACUAGCACUACGUCACAGAGAGGUCCCAUAAGCACAACAUCAGCUGGAGGAACAAAGGAAGGAAGCAGAGGACCCAAACCACCGCCACCCAUUUCCACAACCAAAAUUCCUCCUGUGACAAGUUUUUUCCCUUUGCCAGAGAGAUUCUGUGAACCGACUGAGGCCAGGGGGAUUAGCUGGCCUCAAACGCAAAGAGGAAUGAUGGUUGAACGCCCUUGCCCCAAAGGAACACGAGGAACUGCCUCGUAUCUCUGCGUGGUCUUAACAGGAAUGUGGAACCCCAAAGGCCCUGAUCUUAGCAACUGCACCUCACACUGGGUAAAUCAGCUGGCUCAGAAGAUCAGAAGUGGAGAAAAUGCUGCUAGUCUGGCCAAUGAACUGGCUAAACACACCAAAGGACCGGUCUUUGCUGGCGAUGUUAGUUCAUCAGUGAGGCUGAUGGAACAGCUCGUGGACAUUUUGGAUGCUCAGCUCCAGGAACUACGGCCCAGUGAAAAAGACUCUGCUGGAAGGAGUUAUAACAAGCUCCAAAAACGAGAGAAGACGUGCAGGGCUUACCUUAAGGCAGUUGUGGAUACAGUGGACAACUUGCUCAGGCCUGAAGCUCUGGAGUCCUGGAAGGACAUGAAUUCUUCAGAACAAGCCCACGCAGCCACAAUGUUACUUGAUACAUUAGAAGAAGGGGCUUUUGUCUUGGCUGAUAACCUUGUAGAACCAAGUAGAGUCUCAAUGCCCACAGAAAAUAUUGUUUUGGAUGUUGCAGUGCUUUCUACUGAGGGCCAAGUGCAAGACUUGCGAUUUCCUCAGGCUGGUAAAGGAGGCAACUGGAUUCAGCUCUCUGCACGAACCAUGAAACAGAACAGCAGGAACGGACUAGCCAAACUGGUUUUCAUUAUUUACAAAAGUUUGGGUCGUUUCCUCAGUACCGAAAAUGCAACCAUAAAGUUAGGCAGUGACUUGGCGGGGCAGAACAGCACGAUCGCCGUCAACUCCCACGUCAUCGCGGCCUCCAUCAACAAGGAGUCGAGCCGGGUGUACCUGACUGAUCCCGUGCACUUCACCCUGGAACACAUCGAUCCUGACAAUUAUUUCAAUGCAAAUUGUUCCUUCUGGAACUACUCAGAGAGGACUAUGAUGGGAUACUGGUCAACUCAAGGCUGCAAACUGGUUGACACAAAUAAAACUCACACAACGUGUGCUUGCAGUCACCUCACCAACUUUGCAAUUCUUAUGGCUCGUCGGGAAAUUGUGUACAAAGAUGGAGUGCACGAAUUGCUCCUCACUGUCAUCACCUGGGUGGGAAUUGUCAUCUCUCUUGUUUGCCUGGCCAUCUGCAUCUUCACAUUCUGUUUUUUCCGUGGCCUGCAAAGUGAUCGUAACACUAUUCACAAGAACCUUUGUAUCAACCUAUUCAUUGCUGAGUUCAUUUUCCUAAUAGGCAUCGAUAAGACAGAGUACAAGAUUGCAUGUCCAGUUUUUGCGGGUCUCUUACACUUUUUCUUCCUGGCAGCCUUUGCCUGGAUGUGUCUAGAGGGAGUGCAGCUUUAUCUAAUGUUAGUAGAAGUAUUUGAAAGUGAAUAUUCUAGAAAGAAGUACUAUUAUGUUGCUGGCUACCUCUUCCCUGCUACAGUAGUUGGUGUCUCAGCAGCUAUUGACUAUAAGAGCUACGGAACAGAGAAAGCUUGCUGGCUACACGUAGAUAACUACUUCAUCUGGAGUUUCAUUGGACCUGUUACUUUUAUUAUUCUGCUGAAUCUUAUCUUCCUGGUGAUCACAUUGUGCAAAAUGGUGAAGCACUCAAACACUUUGAAACCAGACUCUAGCAGGUUGGAAAACAUUAAAUCCUGGGUCCUGGGUGCAUUUGCUCUCCUGUGUCUCCUUGGCCUAACAUGGUCAUUUGGUCUGCUGUUUAUAAAUGAGGGCACCGUUGUGAUGACAUAUCUCUUCACAGUAUUUAAUGCUUUCCAAGGAAUGUUUAUUUUCAUCUUUCAUUGUGCCCUUCAAAAGAAAGUACGUAAGGAAUAUGGGAAAUGCUUCCGACAUUCCUACUGCUGUGGAGGACUUCCAACUGAGAGUCCCCACAGUUCAGUGAAGGCAUCAACCACCAGAACUAGUGCUCGCUAUUCCUCUGGCACUCAGAGUCGGAUAAGGAGGAUGUGGAACGACACUGUGAGAAAACAAUCGGAAUCGUCUUUUAUCUCAGGUGACAUCAACAGCACUUCAACACUUAAUCAAGGAAUGACUGGCAAUUACCUACUAACAAACCCUCUUCUUCGACCACACGGCACUAACAACCCCUAUAACACAUUGCUCGCAGAAACUGUUGUAUGUAAUGCCCCUUCAGCUCCUGUGUUUAACUCACCAGGACAUUCACUGAACAAUGCCAGGGAUACAAGUGCCAUGGAUACUCUACCGCUAAAUGGUAAUUUCAACAACAGCUACUCAUUGCGCAAUGGAGACUAUAACGACAGCGUGCAAGUUGUAGACUGUGGACUAAGCCUGAAUGAUACAGCUUUUGAGAAAAUGAUCAUUUCAGAGUUAGUGCACAACAACCUGCGGGGCAGCAGCAAGAACCACAACCUGGAGCGGGCGCUGCCAGCCAAGGCUGUGAUCGGCGGGAGCAGUAGCGAAGAUGACGCCAUCGUGGCAGACGCCUCAUCUUUGAUGCACAGUGACGCCCCCGGGCUGGAGCUCCACCACAAAGAGCUGGAGGCCCCGCUCAUCCCUCAGCGGACUCACUCCCUUCUGUACCAGCCCCAGAAGAAAGUGAAGACCGAGGGAACUGACAGCUACGUCUCACAGCUGACAGCCGAGGCCGACGACCACCUCCAGUCCCCCAACAGAGACUCUCUUUACACGAGCAUGCCCAACCUCAGAGACUCUCCCUACCCAGAGAGCAGCCCCGACGUUGAAGAAGACCUCUCUCCUUCCAGGAGGAGUGAAAAUGAGGACAUUUACUACAAGAGCAUGCCAAACCUAGGAGCUGGCCAUCAGCUUCAGAUGUACUAUCAAAUCAGCAGGGGUAAUAGCGACGGCUAUAUCAUUCCCAUUAACAAAGAAGGAUGUAUUCCGGAAGGAGAUGUUAGAGAAGGACAAAUGCAACUGGUGACAAGCCUUUAAUAGUGUAGCAAAGAAAUAUUAAAGGUCACGUUCAAGUAUUAAAAAGACUUAAUUGGCCCCGUGCAGGCUCCCUCAUAUCUGCUCGAAGAGACAAUUCUGUUGACCCUGUGGUUCUCCAGUAACAGGGAUGACUGGACCUCGCAGUUCUGUGAAUUUUUAUAAAACAAAAACUUUGUAUAUACACAGAGUAUACUAAAAUGAAUUAUUUGUUACAAAGAAAAGAAAUACCAACAAGGUAUUUACGAUAUCUUCUGCUGCUGAAUUUAACAAAAUUGUGAAAAAAAAGAGAAAUAAACACUUUCCAGCCAUUUUACUGCAGCAGUUUGUGAACUAAAUUUGUAAAUAUGGCUGCACCAUUUUUUUUUCCUAGGCCUACAUUGUAUUAUAUACAAGGCGUAGGCUUUAAAAUCCUGUGGGACAAAUUUACUGUACCUUACUGUUCCUGACAAGACUUGCAAAAGCAGGAGAGAUAUUCUGCAUCAAUUUGCAGUUCACUGCAAAUCUUUUCCAUUAGGGCAAAGAUUGAAUACAUGUCUAACCACUAGCAAUCAAGCCACAGGCCUUAUUUCAUAUAUUUCCUCAACUGUACAAUGAACCGUUCUCAUGAAAAAAUGGCUAAAGAAAUUAUAUUUUGUUCUAUUGCUAGGGUAAAAUAAAUACAUUUGUGUCCAACUGAAAUAUAAUUGUCAUUAAAAAAUAAUUUUAAAGAGUUUGAAGAAAAUAUUGUGAAAAGCUCUUGGUUGCACAUAUGUUAUAAGCUGUUUUUCUUACACUGUUCAUAGUACGAUAGUUUGUUUAAAAUGCAAGUUCUACCUGUUUUCACUUAUUUUUUCACUGUAAACAGUGUUCUGCUUUGACAAGUUAGUUUUUAUUCUUAAGUUUUGAAUUUUUAUUGCCAAAAAAAAAAAAACCAUAAUUGGGGAGAAAGUUGUUUUAGAAGCCAAUUAUGCCAAGCCUUGCACAAAUUUGGUGUAGCUAACAAAGAUUGUAACUCAAUUCCCUGUUCAUUCUUUAAUCAGGGUUGGGUGGUAAGGGGUAAAGGGGACACUGGACACUUCUCACAAGCUUUCUCGUGAAUAAAAGGUGCCUGUCCUUUAAAAAAAAUAAAUAAAACAUAACUAUAACUCUUCCAUAUUCCUUCUGCCUAUAUUUAGUAAUUAAUUUAUUUUAUGAUAAAAAGUCAAAUGAAAUGUAAAUGGUUUCAACAAAAUUCUGCUUUUUUCAUCCCUUUGUGUAAACCUGUUAAUAAUGAGCCCAUCACUAAUACCCAGUGUAAAGUUUAACACCUGUUUGACAGUAAAUAAAUGUGAAUUUUUUUCCAAA